AUGGCUGCUGCUGGAUCAAUUCUUGUCUUCAGAGCAGAGGAAAUCUUGAUGACUUUGAUCUCUGUUGCUACCCAAGAAAUCAGUCAAGCAUGGGGUGUCAAGGGAGAGUUGAAAAAGCUCCAGAAUACCUUGAACACCAUCCAGAGUCUACUGCACGAUGCUGAGAAUCAACAAGUGGAGAAAGAGGCAGUUAAAAGGUGGCUGAGGAGGCUCAAAAGUGUUGCUUAUGAUGCAGAUGAUUUGCUGGAUGAGUUCAAAUAUGAAUCUUUAAGACAUAAAAUGGAGAUCCAGAACAGAAUGACACUGAAGGGACAGGUACGAUACUUCUUCUCACACACCAACCCAUUUGCGUUUCGUCUAAAGAUUGCCCAUAAGCUUAAGGACAUCAAUGAAGUGUUGGAUGGAAUCAGAAACGAUGCAAUUGGGUUUAACCUCAAAGUGGAGUCAUCAUCAGCUGAUUCCACAUCCAUGAUGAACAAUAAAGACCGGCAAACCUUCUCUCUUAUAGACGAUAAGGAAGUAUUUGGAAGGAACGGUGAGCAAUCAAAACUAGUGGGUAUGCUUGUCAAAACCACUAGUAGCAUUAAGAGUGAUGAUCAAAUCAUUUCGGUCUUCCCAAUUGUAGGAAUGGGGGGACUUGGGAAGACCACUCUUGCUCAGUUGGUGUAUAAAGAUUCAUUGACUGUGAAGCAUUUUGAUUUAAGAAUGUGGGUAUGUGUGUCGGAACCAUUUGAAGUCCACAGACUUCUAAAAGAAAUCACAGAAACAGCUGGUGGAGGUGAAUGUAAUGCAUCAAACUUGAAUUUAAUAGCAACUAGCCUCCAAGAGCGGUUGAAGGGUAAACGGUUCUUGCUUGUACUGGAUGAUGUUUGGAGUGAAGACCAUUUUGUUGAAAAAUGGGAUACCUUGAUAGUACCCUUAAAAUCUGGCAGUGUAGGAAGCAAAGUUAUUGUGACUACACGCAGUCAUGAAGUUGCAAAGAUGAUGACCCCUAAUUACAUUCAUCCCUUGGGAACGUUAUCAGAACAAGAGUGUUGGUCUUUGUUCAGUCGAAGAGCAUUUAGUCAAGGAGGGCCACAAGAAACUCCGAACUUGGUGGAAAUUGGAAGGAGAAUCAUAAAUAAAUGUGGAGGAGUUCCCUUAGCAGUGAAGGUCUUAGGAAGCCUAAUGCACUUCAAAACAGAGGAACGUGAGUGGUUGUCUAUGGAGCGUGAAUUUUUGAAUUUACUACAAGAUAGAAAUGUGGAGAAGAACAAAUACGGAGAUACAGAGAGAUGCAAGAUGCAUGAUCUUGUACAUGAUCUUGCGCAAGUUGUUGGAAAGCUUGAUUAUUCCACUGUGGAGUUCAAUAAUGUGGAACAGAUUUCUGAUGAAGCUCGUGGUUUGUUGCUCUUUUCCGAUUGUUUUGAAAGAUUAAUUGAAAUUCCAAAAGCCUUGGAGAAGGCAAAGAAAUUGCGGACGUUAUUAAUAUCUCUUCCAUCAAUACCAGCAAGCUUGGUCUCAAAUAUUGAAAUGUUGAUGAAGUUCCAGAGCUUGCGUGUGGUGGACGUAAGAAACUGGAAGAUGAAGAAGAUGUUGAAACUCAACUAUUGCUCUGAUCUUCGAGAGCUUCCCAAGGAAAUGAGAAAGAUGGUUAACCUGAGACAUUUUGAAAUGGUCAUCUGCAAUGCCUAA